GAUUGUUUUGAAAUUUGGUAAACGGGUAGAAUACUCGUACUGGAAUAACGCUUAGGGUACUUUAAUCCCGGAAUUCCCACGGAAGCGAAGGCCCGGGGCGCACCUAGUAUCUUUAUAAAACACGAUGCACAUGCCUGACAAUGCCGGUCAAUAUAAGAUCUAUUGUUCUCUUCCCUCACACUUUGUUUUAGAAGCUUUUGAGACGGCGAGCUGCACGCACGAUUAUUCGUAUAAAAUAUUUGUGCGCCAGAGCAGGAGAAUGCGAAAACUGCGCAAAUUCAUGGUAAUACAUAAUUUUACAGAGUUCUUACCAUUGACCACCGACUUCCAAAUAGAGGAGGAGCAGAUCAACAAACUCGCGCCAAACGAGUUUCUUGUGAAGGCGGAGUACAUCAGUGUAGAUCCGUACAUGCGGUCCUUCGCAAAGGGCUUCCAAGUGCCUUACGAGCAAUUCGGCUUCCAAGUCGGGAAAGUCAAAGAAAGUAGAAAUGCCAAAUUCCCUGUUGGAGCCAAUGUGGUCUCACACGCGGGCUGGCGUGAUUACGCAGUUUUAAAUGACACUCCUGAUGAUAUAUUCGGCAUACACCCUUACAUUCCUGAUCUUGGUAGGCUGUCCCCGUCAUUGGCGAUCGGAGCGUUAGGAAUGACCGGGCUUACAGCAUAUUUAGGGUUGAUGGAGAUUUGUAGACCGAAGGCUGGAGAGGUUUUGGUAGUGACGAGCGCUGCGGGCGCGGUGGGCUCUAUAGCAGGCCAGAUCGGCAAGGUUCUGGGCUGCACUGUGGUCGGAUUCACAGGAUCUGAUAGGAAAGUGAAAUUAAUUAAAGAAGAAUUCGGUUUUGACCACGCGUUUAACUAUAAAACUGGUAAUGCAUAUCAUAUAUUAAAGGAGUUUGUUCCGAACGGAGUGGAUUGCUUUUUCGAUAACGUCGGAGGUGAGCUGGCGGGGGAGAUAAUAAGAUGUAUGAGGGAGUACGGUCGCGUUGCGAACUGCGGUUCUAUAAGUACGUACGGAGACACCACGUCGUCAGUGAAGAAUAUAAGAACGUUGGUGUCGGUGCAGAUAGAGUCGUUUAGCUUCACACAAUGGAAGCCGAAACACGAAGCGACGUUCAAGCAGCUGAAAGCCUGGCUCGAGUCCGGGACGAUAAAGGCUAAAGAGACCAUUGUGAAAGGUUUCGAAGAGCUCCCCAAUACUUUCGCCGCCAUGUUGAAAGGCGACACCGUCGGAAAAGCUGUCGUUAAAGUUUUAUAAUAAGGGUAUCGUGUGUGUCGAAGUUUGUUUUAUACUCGGUUUAUGGAGCUAUGUGGAGUUGUGGUAUUGUACACGGACG